GGCCCACUGCUGUCACAUGAAAUCAAAUGCGUUGAGUGUGUUAUAAAACACCUUGCCAUUGUUUGUACUGCGCCCCAUAUAUUUCCCCCUCCAGACAGUGCCACAACGGGAUUUAAUUAUUAUUUUGUUGUUAAAAAGAAAAAAAAUCAUCCAAAUAUUUAAUGUUGUGAGUUAGCUUGCUACGUUCAUGCGCGGACUAGCUGUUUAGUAAAAUAGCUAUACUGAAACGUCAGUGUCAUGUCUACUGAGAAACAAAACCCCGUGGAAAAUUUGCAGGGCUCCUGGGUUGAGCUGCACUAUCACAGCAGCAGCAGCAGUGGCAGUGGCAGUGGCAGUGUUGGCCAGCAGGGAGGAGAAGAGCAGGUGUCAGCCUCCGCUCACAGUGGGGACGUGGAGAAGAUGCUCCUGGAUGCACAGCACGAGUCUGGCCGGAGCAGCUCGCGGGGAAGCCUGCCCUGUGACAGUCCUCCAAGAUCCCAGACUCCACAGCAUCUGCGCAGAGGCUCAGAGGUUCAAAGCACAGGAGAGAAGAAUAGUUCUCAGUCCGAGGAAGAUUAUAUCGAGAGAAGGCGAGAGGUCGAGAAUAUAAUGAAGAAAAAUGCGGACUGGAUCUGGGACUGGUCGAGUCGACCUGAAAACCUUCCGCCCAAAGAGUUCCUGCUCAGGCACCCAAAACGCUCAAGCGCCCUCAGCAUGAGGAACACCAGGGUCAUGAAGAAAGGGGGGAUUUUCUCCGCCGAAUUCCUGAAGUUGUUCCUGCCUUCACUGCUCAUAUCACACAUACUGGCCGUAGGCCUUGGGAUCUACAUUGGAAGACGUCUAACCACCCCUACCAAUACCUUCUGAGGAAGAUCAUGUCACCACCGUCAGUUGCCACCAUCGCUUGCAUCUUGCCUUGCCACAUGCUUCAUAGAUGUUCAAAGGCAGGGUUAUGUGAGGCCCUCGUCCGCCCCCCUCACCCCUCCCCCCCGGCAUUUUGGCAGGAGGCAGACCUUCUGUACUCCCGUGAAUUCAGUGCACUUUCUUCCUGUUCCCAGAGCCGCUUUAAAUAUGCACCACCGCAAAUAGCACUCUUCCACGCUUCCAUCUCUGUAAGAGAGUCCACUUCAUUUGCUGCUCUGGUUUAGCACAGAGAUAUUGAGCCUUUGAGGAAGCUAGAACUGAAGGGGGAGUUGAUGCAGUUGUGAAUUCAGUGAUUUGAUUUCACAAUGAUAGGGGGGAAAAAAAGCUAAUUCACAACUAUGGAGUUGUGUCUCCUUUGUGGGAGGGGAAAAAUUAUUCAUGCAUUUUUAGUAAUGCUGUGCGGAGGAGAGAGACAAUCCCAUUACUUGGGUUAUAUAUCCACAACAGCUGACCAAACUGCUUCUCGUAAACAGCAAACCUGCUAUAAUCACCAGUACUAAUUGUUACAGUUGUUGUUUCUACCUGAAAAUCAAGGGACUAAGUACCAUUUUUAGAUUUUGGUUUUUCAGUAGGGGCAUUAGAUUGUGUGAACAAUAUUGUGACACUAAUACUCUUUGCUGCUUUACGGCUGUUGUGAUACAUCUUUGAAAAGAUCAUAAUCUUUCAAGUUCAGGAGUCAUCAGUGUUUCAUUUUAUUUGUAAAAUGUCAGUGUACUGAAUGAGGAUUGUGUGCAGUAUGUAAAAUCUAAUAAUGACACAUUCACAUAGCAUUUGAUAGUAGUGCUAUCAUAAGUUUCUGUAUAGCCCAGUAAAUAAGAAAAUGUGUAAUACUGGAAUUUAUAACUGGCAUACUUUCAGAAUAGUUUAGAAAUUAAGCCAUUGAGGAAGGAUAGUGAGAAAUGGUUGUGCUUUAAAUAGUUUUCAGUUAAGAGGUGCUGACCAUACCACAUGCUCUUGAAGAAAAGUCUGGAGUUUGAGGAUAGAAUACAAAAGUUUGAGGACGGAAUAUAAAAGUAACUGUAAUCUUUCAUGGAAUUUUCAGGGCAUGGUCAAUGUAACAAAUGGAACAAAUAAAUGGAAUGUAUAAAUAUUGUUCUCAUCAUUUGAGGUGACCACUUUUAAUACAGGCAUACAAUGAAUGCAUGGAAUCAGCUAAUCCAUAUCUAGCUGCACUGAUAAAUUAAACGUGCUUCACAGUUACUCAUGUAGAACAUUUCUCAGACCUGAAAAUCUACUCGUGCAGUGAUGAAAAUGCCUUAGGUCAUUCAAGGUGGACUCUUAACCUUAUGGCAUAAAAAAUACAAGGAUGCUUACACGAUUCAGAAUUGCUGUGAUACUUCACUUGUUUUGACGGUUUAAAUACUGUUGAUAUUGCUGGAAAGAGACAUUACUCACACGUGUGGGAUGGUCUUUCAUAUAGCGGGUUUAAGGUUCUAGGUGUUGUGUAAUAUUUAUUUUAUUAUUUUCUAAUUAUUUUGUAUGGAGUGCAGUGUUGUAAAUACAUCAUGUGGAAGAAGAAAUAAAGUGUUAACCCUG